UUUCGAUUGUCUUUUUUUGUUGUUGAUGACUCUGUGAUGGAUCAAAUCUGCCUUGAGUAAUCCUCUCAAAUCCGCAGGUGGCCUUAUCGUUCGGCCCAGCCACCGAAAGACCCCGCCCUCAAUCACACCUUAUCACCCAGUUCCCGACUCACCUUUGCCUCACCUCGCGCGUCACUCACCUUUUGGGCAUGGUGUGUGCUGGCAGCAUGAACACCAUUCGACCCAACAAGAUUUCUCAGGCACUCAGGGUCUUCCCAGCGGGCCGGGCAUCAACUGUUUUUGUUUUUCUGGUUCCUGUCGUCGUCGCACUCGCUUCAGGGCUAACACAUUCUGAAUGAUGUCAGGCACCCCACUGAUCUGGCAGACAGCCAAAUUCCGAAAAGCCGGAAUGCGGCGCAUUGUGGUUCGCUGCACCCGCUUCACCACGUCACUCGGGCGCUCGUCCAUGCGGGUUUUGCAUGGCUCUCUGCUCUUGGACUCGAGGCCAUUGGAUCAAUAUUGAAUGCAUCUUCUCGGUGGCCCAAAGGCACGAAUGCCAUUCUGACACGACACCGCCCCUAUUCGAUCACUGCAUGCACCUCUCUGUUCUCGAAGCCGUUGCUCUCUGAGCCUAGCGUCAACGCCCCGAGCAGGGAACCACGGAGCUGAGCGGAGACACGGCCCCAUGUCUUGACCGCCACGUCGCCGAGCCCGACCUUAUUGAUGGCGAUUAAGACCAAAAAAGCAAGGUAAAAAGCCUCAGGAAAAUUCCACGAGGUUGGGGAGAAAAAAGCUUGACGCCGUCAUCAUCUAUCUGUACUUAACAAUGCCGUCCCCAUCCCUUCCACUUCGAGCCCGGGUUUUUCUUCUCGAGCCGAGGAGGAGGGUAUGAUGGAAUGCAUCUUGCAGCAUACUUGAACACCAUCACAGCGCCAUGCUGAUGCUCUAACGACACGACCAUAUCAAUAAUAUUUUUAUUCCAAUAACGAUACGAUACGAUAACGAUAACGAUGUUACGACUCAACUUUCUCAUCCUCUGGGCGGCAGCAGCAUCACUGUUUGCAUCCGCUCUUCCCAUUUCAGACGUUUCCGAAGAAGAGAUCAACACGCCAACACCAGAACCGAAAAAGACGUUUUGGAAGAGCUUCAAUCCCAACACCGACUUCCGAAACCGCAACUUCAACACCAUCUCCCGCAUCUACAACCUCACCGUCUACCCCAAUCAGGUACCCAUCUUGACCUUUGGCGGCGCAGCGUUUGUUCCAAAAGGACUCUUUGCCCAAAAUGUUGUUGGCCGUGUCGACCCAGUCGGCAACUUCACCGGUUUUGAACACUCGAUUGAGUACUUCUUUGCGCUCUCGCCAUUGCCGCAAGCCAACCCAUCCUCUGCCGCCAUCACCAGCUACAAGAUUGUCGAGUUUUCGUCCGAGUGCAGGGACAUCGCCGCCAGCGUCGUGUACCUCUACACCAGCGUCGUCAACCCUGGCUCACCGGAUCACGGAAAGCCACUGCCUCCGUUGAAGCAGGUGGCCUUCUGGAAGUUCAACAAGGAGGGCGAGGUGGAAAAGUAUGACGCCUGGAUUCCGAACCUGAACAGUUGGGUGACGAGGACGACAAUGGCGAGUCUCGGGAAUCCCGAGUUCCAGUUGGAGAGCAUCAGGCAGAUCUGCUACGGGACGCAGGCGAGGUGCUACGGCCCGAAUCAGCAGUGGGACAGCAUCGAGGACUGUGUUGUGGGAUUGGCCAAGAAGAACUACGGGACGUAUGAUGAGGCUUGGGGUGACAAUGUCGUCUGCAGAACCAUUCAUUUGGUGCUCACGCAGACCAGACCCGAUGUCCACUGCCCACACGUUGGCCCCACUGGAGGCGGCAAAUGUGUCGACGUGGAGUACCCCGAGAACUACUUCUCGGACAAGUGGCUCUACGGAGAGGAGACUGGCGAGACUUUUAUCUGCAAAUGAUUGAUGUGUUAUUAGAUGUGCAUGAUGGGGGCCGCCUUGACGAUGACAACAAGAAAAAUAUGGGACGGAUGAUUUGAUGAUUCACGACAACAACGACGACGACGAGCAUACGAAAAAGCAGAAGCAACAACUAUUGUAAUUAAUGUAUAUUUAGACGGACUGGCACAUUUUUGCUGAACGAUAUGUACUGGAGGUAGCGUAGUGCUUUUUGGACGGAAUAAUAGAUGGUUGUGGGCUUGCA